AUGGUGUCUUUCUGGCCUUGGAAGGGCCAUGACUCUUCCCCAUCUUCAUUUGAGAAAACGCUAUCAACCCUCUCAGACAAGAUCACGAAAACCACGACCAAACUCGACAAGGCGCGAUCCAACUCUCGCCGAAUCAAGAUUCUGUGGACCCUAUAUCUCACAUUUGCCUACCUCGUCUACGCCAUCGUCCUGACCCUGGUGGUUGGAUGGCAGAAUUUGGGACCAUGGGAAUUUACCGGGAUGGCCGGUGGCCCUAUAUUGAUUUACCUUGUCCGCACAUUUACAAAUGCCUAUUUCAGUUAUCGCAUCGAUAGCCUAGAGGCUCGCCUAAAGGACCACCAAGCUGAGCGCGCGAAGACGAUUCAAAAACUUAAGGAUGCUACCAAAUAUGACUCCACCCUGGAAUUACUUGAGAAGUAUGGAGGGACUGGAGAGAAGCGAAAUCAGCCUAAGAAGCAAGAGGAAGUAGAGGAGCGAGAGGACCACGGCAAAGGCCAGCAGAGAAAGGUGUCAAACACAGGCUCUGUCCCUCCUAGCGCAAGGAUCAACAUACCUCCUCCACCAACAGCCAACAUUCAGAGACCACCCUCUCGUGCUCCGGUCCUAGGCCCCAUGCAACCCCGCCAGGAUCCCUCUCUCAUGCCACGUCCGCAUACGCCUCUGGAUCAACAACCAACGGAAGAGUUCGCGCCCAACGCUGGGCCACUUCCGAUCUCCUAUGCUCAGUACGAUAUGAGCCCGGGUCCGCCCCGCUGGUACGACCGAAUCAUGGAUCUUAUGCUGGGCGAGGACGAGACGGCAUCGAAGAACCGCAUCGUGCUGAUCUGUAAAAAGUGCCGAUUAGUGAACGGACAGGCACCCCCGGGAACCAAAUCUUUGACCGAGUUGGGAACGUGGAAAUGCAUAUCCUGUCGAUCAUUAAACGGAGAGAUAGACGAGGGCAAAAAGAUUAUCCGAGAGGUCCUCGAAUCGAAGAAGUCAAACGCCGGUCUUAGGAGCGAAGAUAGGGAUAGUGACAUAUCGAGCGACUUAGUCAGAGUUGAGCACGACAAUGAAAGUACAGGAAACACUGAUGGAGAGGCAUCUGGUACAGAGCAACGGAACCUGAGGCAUCGAAACAAGAAAUCUCAGAUGGUCCCAUAA